CAGAAAAUUCUUUCUCAGGAAUAUGUUCAGGGCUCUAAUCCUUGACCUCCUCAUUGUUGGUUAUUUAUAAUGUUGCUGUCCUCCAGGACAACAUGACAACAUGAAAGAUUUGUCUCUCUCCCUGCUGAGUCGGGGGUGCGGUCGAUUUGUCUCAUCCAACAGAAACACAGGGAGACACGAUGGACGGCUGGACGUCUGCCUCACACCACAGGAUUACUACAUCUGGAAGUCCCAGGAUUCUCUGCUACGUCUGUCCAACAGCGGCCGUCUGCUUAUGGAAGCAGAGUCAACCCUUCCAAAGACUUACAGCACUCGUAGGGGGCCACUUCUACUCUACUCCCAGGACUUGGUUACCUUGGAAACCAAUUGUGAUUCAGAGAUUGGAAACAGGAAGAAGAGGGUUGUCCGGCAGUACACUCAGCAAGUGGAACAGCAGCUGAGCACCCUAAAGGAGCUAACGGCAGCCAUUUUGAGCUACACCAGCAACCAGUACACCUCUUCCCGACUUGCUCCACCCCUGUUUCCUCUACUUCACUUCCCUCCGGCUCCAGACCUUCAUGGUCCCAGACCUCUGCCUUUUCACCCCAUACAAGCACAGCUCAGUCCAGAGCUGCUUGUACAGUCAAACCCACAGUGGCUUCCUGCGGAGAAAAAGUCUGAACAACUGGAGAAUCAACCUGAAGAUAAAGAGGAGGAGCCAGGCAGCAGGAACAGAGUCCGGCUGGAUCUAUUCAUCCAGAUACCCUGUACCUCCAGGACUCCAACCCCACAGACGGAGCCUCAGCCCUGGAUACACUAUGUGACAAUCACCCCUGAAGAACCAGAGGAAUCUCAGACUUACUUGGACAUGAGUCUGCAGCCUACUGGAAGUUCACACUAUACUGAAAUACGGCACCGCAGUACGAGAGGGGAGCUCCAUCAUCCAAACAUGAACUGUGUCCAUGAAGUGGCGGAUGAUCGAGGUUGUUCCAUUCGGGGAAACAGUAGGACGACCUGUGACAAAGGCAACUAUGAAAGAUCCAUAAGUGGGACCAGGCAUGGGAGGAUAGUAAGACCAUGUGGAGCAGAGCAGCAGUCAAACACUGAACCUCAGACAAAUCCCACCUCAGGCCUGUUCCUUCCUCCUCUGAACGUGGGACAUUCAGUCUGCAGGGAGAAGACAGACAGGCCGAGAUGUGGGAGCUCGGACGGUGCUGAACACCGUGCACAGCGGCUGCCUCCCAUAGCAGAGAGCCGGACCCUCGCCCCUGCACAAGCGGUCCUGGAGUGUCAGCAGGAUGACCAGCCACGGGCAGAAAGCGACGGGUUUCAGUCCCAAGAAAGUCUGAACAGACUCCAUCAGAAGGCUUUGAUUCUACCUCUGCUGUUUCCUGAGAAGGAGGGAGAGAUAAGUGGGAAACAGAGAGGAGGAGGAGGAGGAAGAGGAGAAAAAACAGAGAGACAGUGGUUUAAAAAACAGACAGCAGGGUGGGGAGGAGGAGGAGGAAGAGGAGGAGGAGGAAGGCUACCCUCUGAGAAAGGCUCCAUGAUUCUGCUGGAGUCAGUUGAAGAGCCGCCGCCUCCAGUGGGGGUGUUGGGUUGUGUUGCAGGACGGAAAGGUCCGGGCAAGCAGAGCUCUUUGGCCUUCUUACAGAACCGAUUACCUGACCUCCAGGAUCCCUGUGAAUCCAGUGAUGCUAAUAGAGGUGUGGUUAGGGGCGUUCUACCGCUGGAGCUGAGAGAUUUGCAGAAUGGCAAAUCUGUUGGCAGCCUGAUCCUGGGUCCGGACGGAGAAAUCAUUCAACUGUCACUGCACGACAACAACCAGGAGACAUCCCGGGGUGAUGAUGGCACACGGCAGCAAGCUCUCCAGGUUUUGUCUACAGAGGGAGAGACGUUACCCUGGGUCAUUGUGCUGCAGCCUGAGCUUAUUCAUACAGGAGGAGAGGUGGAGCUGAGUGCAGAUGAUCUUGUGGGUAACACCCAGCACCAUCGGCCCGUGCACAGGGACAUGAGAGACUGUACCGGAGAGCAGAUUGUGACGGACUGUGUGAUUCAUGUCUCCAACCAGCUCUCAGAUCUUCGUAGCUCUGCAGACACUGAUGCGUGUUCACCCACCGGCCUCGCUGACACAGCGGCUGUGAGCCAGAAAAAAACAAAGACUGCAAAGGCAGUAAUGGGAACGUGGAAGGAACCAAAGAAGGGUGUUAAAAACAGUGUCAGGAUGCCUCCACUGAAGGAGUGGAGAGAGGAGCCAGGAGGAGGUGACACACAGGCAGAGGAGGAGGAGGAGGAGGAUGAAGGGGAAGAGCUCGCCAUGACUGGACACACUAACCACUUGUCUGGAUCACACCGGCCAGGCCGGCAGAACGUCGGCCCGACUGAAGCACCAGCAGGAGAAGCCGUGGACAGAAGGAGGAAGAACAUUAAGGACACAGAGGGAGCUGCAGUAACUACCGGGAAAAGGGAAAUGAAAACGGUGAAAACUACAGAAUCAGACGGACAGACAACGAGAAAAGGAGGAAGACGGCAGAGACAAAGAGUGGAAGGCAACUCUCAACCAAUCAGGAGCCAGAAACAAGAGGAGAGGACCAACAGAGACACAGCAGAGACUCAGGACCACCCUGCUCUCUCCUCUGUGAAAAAGAAAAAGAGAGACAGGGAAGGAGAGAGAGGAGAAGUGAAGACAAAUGAGGAGAAAGAAGAGCGAGGAGGAGAAGCGGCGAGGCAGAAGGAGGUGUCUGCUGGGAGGAGGAGGAGAAGAGGGAGGCUGAAACACAAAGAGUUAGUUACUGGAAACCAUGAGGACCCUGAGGAGAAGGAGGAGGAGGUGGAGAUCAACCAGGAGAUGGAAGAUCAGAAACAAGACGACAAAACAAAAACAAAUUCAGAGGAAGAGACAGAAACAGAAACAGAUCAUCUCUCCGCCAGUGACAAACACAGCAGCGUCCGAUCGGCGAGUUCACUCAGGUCCUCAAACGCUUCGUCCCGGGUCAAUCGGAGCAGCUCAAGGAGGUCUGCCGCCUCUUCCUGUGAGGGGGCGGUGCCAGCCACGGGUCUCGCUUCAGCACGUGGCCGCCUGUCAUCAUGCUCAACUGUCAUGGUAACGGACGAACAGCUGAUGUUGAACCCAGUAAAACCAGAGUCGCCCGGGCCCAGAAAGCGUCGGGUGGAGGAAGAGGCUGCAGCUCUGCGUCUGGCCCAGCGAGCAGAGAGGCGGAGGCAGGAGGUGGAGAGGAGGAAGAGGGAACGGGAGGAGCAGGAAAGGAAGCAGCAGGAGAAGGAGCAGACGGAGGAGAGGAUGAAGAACGAGCUGGAGGAGGAGAGGAGGAAGAGAGCUGAGGAGCUCAGACUGAAGAAGCUGGCGGAGGAGGAGGAGAGGAGGAGGCGCAACGAGGAAGAGCAGGAGCGAGUGAGACGGGAACAGGCUCAAAGAGAAAGAGAGAGGAGGAUGCAGGAGGAGAGGAGGAGGCAGAUGGAGAGACUUCAGAGGAUGAGAGAGGAGGAGGAACAGAGGAGGAAAGCUGAACUGGAGCGUUUGCGGCUGGAGGAGCAAAGGAGGCGGGAGGAGGAGAACAAGAAGCUCCAGGAGAUGGAUGAGAGUGAGAGGAUGGAGUACCUCCGCAGGAAGGAGGAGGAGGAAGAGGACGGGAGGAAGAAGGAAGAGGAGCGUAAGAGGAGAGAGGAGGAGGCCGCCAUGUUGGCUGCAGAGAAGGCCAGGCUGCAAGCGGAGCUGCUCGCCAGAGAGAUGGCGCUGUUGCAGCAGCACUUGGCCUUUAAAAGGGGUCUUGUAUUGGAGGCUGGAGGUCUGGAGAAAACUCAGGGUAUCUCCAGACCAUGGAUCUACUCUUACUUCACUUUGUCGCAGCUACUGGGUCUUAAUCCGGCGAAAGCUGAAACCACGACCUGAGCAGAUUCUCUGAUUUUGUCCAUUUGUCUUCAAAUCUGAUUCUCUUUUGUUUAAAAAAAAAAAAAAAGUUUAAAAUGUCAAAUUCAAGUUCUUGUUUUCUUUGGUUUGCUUUUGUUUUUGUUUUGGACUUCACCAGUGUGUCUCUGUGGCUUCACCAUCACCUUCAGCACAACUUUCAUCUUUCACAACUAUCGUGUCGCAUGCACAAAAAACCAAGAACAUGCAAAGUUUAAAAAUUGUGGGAAGCAUAUGAAGAGAGUAAGAUCUUGGAUGCCCCCCCCACCCCACCCCCCCCCCCCACCCCACCCCCCACUGAGAAAAACACAACCAGCUACUGAACUUUACAUUCAAAACACAUGACAAGCACAACAAAGCACCAAUAACAUUCCUCUGAUUUCAGCUUUGAAUGGGACAGUGUUUAGAUGUGGAACGUAUACAUGUUACACUAAAAUCAAGAUGUUGUUUUCUUGAGCAAAAUAUUGAGUCUGAUUUAUUUCAUUCUGUGAGUCAAGAUUAUUGUCAGGAUUGAAAAGAAACUAGCAACAACAGCUCAACUCAGGAAAAGUACUUGAGUAAAUGCACUUAGUUACAAUAGUGUAUCCUGGUGAGUUCACAUGCUCAAGGCACUGUUGGUGUGUUGCCCUGUAUGAGAAGAAGAGUACUUGUUUUUGUGGGUUUUUUUUUUUGCAAAUCUUUACAUAAAGUGACAGUAAACCUGAAAUACAUCCUAAAAUGAU